GCAUCGUGAGCUACUAUUAGAAAUUAACAUAAAUUCGUUGGUCUCAUUUUUCUAAGUUCGCUGGUCAAUGCCCUCCAAUCAAACAUGAAUUGCGCAACAAUUUGUUAUUGUGACAUGAUCUCGAACUCAAAGGACAAAGCUGUACAUGUCAUAUUAGAAAAAUGUUAUAUUGACUUACAAUAUAAUAGAUAACAAACAUAUAUCAUUUACGAUUGGGAAUAAAAAGGUUUAAUAAAAAUAAUAGCUCAAUAAAUUUUUUGGGUAUGUUUCUUAAUUUCAUAAUGAUAAGACGCAAUGUUCCAAAUACUAUAAAAUAAGUCGUAUUCAUUUCGAUUCUAUCAGUUUGAUCAUUGCAAGCAAACAAAAGUAUCUAAAAAUGAAAUUCCUCGUUGCUUUCGUUGCUAUCGUAGCUGUGGCUGCCGCUAGCCCCAUCAAACCCGCUGAGACUAAUGCUGAGCUGCAAGCCAUUCUGGACGCUAUCCACAGCCCCAGCACAGACCCAGCCACCGCUGCUCUCCUUCUCGAGCAUCUGCACGAAAUCCUCGUCGCUCUCAACCCCAUACAGGAGCCUGUCUUCGGACCCGAAAUCAUCGACUUCCCUCUUCCCGACGGUGGUGCUGUCACUGAGCCAAUCGUGCCCUCCCCUGUUAUCGUUGGACCAGUCGCACCAGGCCAGCCCGCUCCUCUCGUUCAGAUCAUUGUGAACGUGAACCAGCCAGGCGCUGAUGCAGCUAUCAUUCCCCAGCCCGUCAUUGUUGACGAGUCUGAUGAAGUCAAACCCGACCCCGUUAUUAUCGCCGAAGAGGCUGAAGAAGGCCCCAUUGUCCCUGAGCCCGUAAUCGUUGCUCCCAUCAACCCCAUCCCAGUCGCCCCCGUCAUCAUUGGAACCCCCAUCAUACCCUCUCCUGCCGUCACCCUCCCUGAGGAGCUCAACUAAGUAACUGUGAUACAACUUGCUCAAAUGCAAUGUCAAUAAUAAUAGGCAUUGCAUUACCUCAAUUGUACGAAUAAAAUUGACACAAAAAUAUAUUGAUACA